UUCACAAAGGACAGCAGAAGAGAUCAGAAGUUCUUGUCUAAUGCACAGAAGCUUUAUCCUCAGAAUGGCUGCAAAAAUCUUGGCACUGUGGCUGCUGCUCGCAGGGACGGUGUUUCCACAGGGCUGCUGUCAGCACUGGUCAUACGGACUGAGCCCAGGAGGGAAGAGGGAUCUGGACAACUUCUCAGACACACUGGGCAAUAUGGUUGAAGAGUUCCCACGCGUCGAAGCACCUUGCAGUGUUUUCGGUUGUGCAGAGGAAUCACCUUUUGCCAAAAUGUACAGAGUGAAAGGACUUCUUGCGAGUGUGGCCGAAAGGGAAAAUGGACACCGGACAUUCAAGAAAUGAAAGAUUUCUUUGAUUCUACAUUUCAUUUUUUAUAUAAGCAUAAAA